AUGCUCCUCACUACUCCCACUGUCCUUCUCGCCGUCGCUUCUUUCGCCGCUGUAUCUCAGGGGAGCGUCAUCAAGGCUCGAGCCGAGACUCACCAGGUCACUCUGGUGAACAACUGCGGCUCCGGUAACCCCGUCUUCCUCUACGAGGGUAACGACAAGCAAGGCUCCGGUACUGUCAGCGGACCUCUCAGAGGCGGUGUCGCCUGGAUGGACAGCUACGGCGACUGUCAGAGCUCUGGUGUCAACUGCGGCAUCGUCGAGUUUACGCUCAUCAACGAGAGCAACCUCGACCCCAACGGCAACCCGUACCAGAACUCUGCCGACUACUCUCUCCUCACCGGUGACGGCUUGGGCAACCACCAGUUCACGUACAACAUGAACUUUGACUUCAACGGAGACGGGUGCAACAAGGGCCCGGGUGCUUGUACCGGUAACUCUGCCGCUCAGUGUCCUGGUGCUUACCUUGGCUCUGCCACCGAGGGCGGCGCUCCGACGCAAUGCGUUGCUGACAACGUCGGGAUCACCAUCACCUUCUGCUAA